GUUAAGGGCACUGCUUCUACGGAGCAUAGUUGAGCAACAUGAAUUCUCUUCAAGUUUUCAAAGUCCUGGAAAGUUUUGAUAAGCAAAUACUGUCCAGGCUCUGCUUCUCCAUUGGUUGUUUCUUCACCGCCAGAUUUUGACACAAAUAAUCUGAUUGAAAAAUCAGGGAGGGGAACAGGGGCAAAAAACAGAAAGAAAAAAGGAGAAGUAUCUAUUUCAGAAGACAGCUACCAAGUGAAAAAGUGGAAGAAAGAGCCAUAAAAAGAGAAAGAGAAGACCUCUUGCUGGGGGUCUGUCUGGGGAGAUUUCAAGGCUGAGCUUGAUUCCUGCAAACCACAGCCCCCAAACAGGAAGUGCCUGGAAAAUGCCACGUUCUUUUUUGGUGAAGAGUAAGAAGGCCCAUACCUACCACCAGCAUCACUCUGUGGAAGAGGAUGUGCCUGUAUCCACAUGGGAUCCCAUACCAUCGCUCUGCUUUGCCCCAUGUGACAAGUCAUCAGAAGAAGUCAGGACCUUCAGCGCAGAGUUCAAAAGCGAGUACCCGGAAUGCCUUGUUCCAAAACAAGACAAGGACCGUGCUGGACUGAAGGAAGAAGGUGCACCUGCCCUGUAUCUGAACAGGACAUUGUCAGGGCCUCCAGCUCAAGAGACAUCCAUCCCAGCUCUGCAAGCGAAGGGCUGCAGCAAUUCCACAAGCACCCCCACCUUCUACAAGCCCAGAUUCUCUUGGGAUGCCUUCCAUUCUCCAUACAGCUACAGGCAGAUGUCUUCCAGCAUGCAGUCAGCCCUCCUGGAGCGCUCAGUUAGUCUGUAUGGCAGCCACCUCCUGCCGAGCUCUGAGCCGCCUAUUGAUUACAGCAUGCGUUACUCAACAGACAUGGAGACAUACCACUGUGUGAAGUGCAACAAGGUAUUCUCCACCCCACAUGGGCUGGAGGUCCAUGUCCGAAGAUCUCACAGUGGGACGCGGCCCUUUGCUUGUGAUGUGUGUGGCAAAACCUUUGGACACGCUGUGAGCCUGGAGCAGCACACGAACGUCCACUCCCAGGAGAGAAGCUUUGAGUGUAAGAUGUGUGGAAAGACUUUUAAACGCUCGUCCACAUUGUCCACCCACCUCCUAAUCCAUUCAGACACGCGGCCCUAUCCCUGCCAGUACUGUGGCAAGCGCUUCCACCAGAAAUCGGACAUGAAGAAACACACCUACAUUCAUACCGGGGAGAAGCCCCACAAGUGUCAAGUGUGCGGCAAAGCCUUCAGCCAGAGCUCCAAUCUCAUCACCCACAGCCGCAAGCACACCGGCUUCAAGCCCUUCAGCUGUGAGCUCUGUGCCAAGGGCUUCCAGCGCAAGGUGGACCUGCGACGGCACAGGGAGACCCAACACAGCUUGAAGUGAGAGCGCGUCCCCGAGCUGUGCCCUGGACCCCCACUCCCAGCCAUAUGGAAUCCCACCAAUAUUCUGGCCUUGUCUCUCCCUCUGCUUGGCUUGGGCACCCACCUUAUUAAAUGCUUAUCUCUGCCCAGAUUCCCUGCGGGACUGGCACAGCAACAUCAUCAUCCCUGGUGUUACCCCACAUCCCCCUGCGCGUGACCAAGAAUGGCACCGCCAGGAGCACUCACAGUCUAGUUUUAUCAUAGGCAUUGGGCUAGGCAUGGAUCUCAGUUACUUGAUUGUAAAUCCCCUGGAGUCAUCAUUACUCUGGAUUUACACUGAGUGCAGGAUCUGGCUCAUCUAAUCCACUGGAAACACAGAGGGACUCCUGGGUUGAUGACACCACCUGACUAGCAAUCUGUGCCAGGCGGGCUCCCUAACCACGCUUUACUUCGAUGGUUUGAAGAUAAGGCCUGGGCAUGCAAAUAAUUUGCAUUCAAUGAGCUGCGCUCAGCUAAGACAGGGUUCCCACAGAGGGCAUAAAUGUGGGGCACAUACAUCUAGAUUCACAUUCUUUCAACAGGAGUCUUUUUGUUAUCGGGUGAAAAAUAUGUAGCACUGCAUGUUUAUCUUACAAUAGAGUUGGGGGGGAGGGCACUAAAAAUCAGACCCUGCAUGCCCAUAUUAGUACCACCUGGCUACCUACAUGGACUUCUGAGCUACUUGGUAUUCAGGACCGUGGGGAAUUUUGUUUCCCUGUCACUCUUAUAAAAGAAGAAGCUGAUCUAUCCAUCUUGCACCCAUCCCAUUAGUAUGUGAGUACCCUAUAAGUAUUAGCAAGGCAAAGUAGCAGUAUUUCCUUCUCUCUCUGGUCUAGCGGUUAAAGCACAGGGCUGAGAACAAGAGACAUGGGUUCUUUCCUUGGCUUUGCUACAUCCGCACUAUGUGACCUUAGGCAGGGCACUUCCCCUCUCUCUGACUUAGCUUCUCCAUCUGUAAAAUGGAGACGAUAAAUAUUAAUGUAUACAGACUUGUCAAGUGCUUUGAGAUCCUCAUCUGGAAGACACUAGAGAAGGGCAAAGUGCUAUGUUAGGGAGAGAAGUGCCUUUAAAUGAGAGGGGCGAUGCAGCCCCAACCAAGUCAGCGUGGGACACUGUGUCAAACAGUGACAUUGCUGUGUUUAGCCUGAGGCUGAGAUGCAGCAUCAGUUCCUUUGUCCCUCUCCUUACCCUAGCACUGAUGAAGGAAACAAAAAGCCCUGCAGUGACUCUCCUACAGACAGGAAAGACAUGAUGCAAGUGGAGAAUUCAUUUAUUGCCAGGAGGAAAUCCUGCUCGCAGUUACCCCAGUGUAAAUCCAAAGUAACCCCAACGGCUCUGGCCAAGGAUGUGAAGCAUAAAUGCCUCCGUGUUUGUGCUGUGUCUAAGCUACUUUCCACUAAUAUGCAAUCUGGCAACUCAAAACACUCUCCCCUCCUUUGCUUGUACAUUUACCUAUGUAUUUAUACUUAUUGUAAUGUAUAUUUUUACUGUAAUAAACCAGACUGUAACAACCUG